UGAAACCGUGUAGUGUGCUUCUUCUGUGUGUUCUUGCUUUGGGGUGGCUUUUCGUGGGGGGCGUUUUUGGUGAGUGUCGUUAUCUGGAGGAUCCGGUGGGCUUAUCAGCUGCUUUUGUUUCGUCUGGUUCGGGUCCGGGUGUACCGAGACCCGAGUGCAGGCAGUUCUUCGGGUUGGGGGGUAGCCGACCGAGUGCGUUCCCGAUCGACCGGAUUUGUGCAGGACGGGGUUGACGUUGAAAGUGUGCCACCGUUUGGCAGCAGAACGGGUUCGGAAGUUCGUGCGGGAUACACGCUGUGCUCUACUGCUCGGGACAUCGCAGCACGACUACUGUUCCCCGGGAUUCUUUGGAGGCAAGAGUCUGGCUAUCCGACGUCCAUCCCAAAAUCCGGAGGUCGGCCUCUCGAGCGCGGUGAGGUCGGGUUCAGCAGUUGAUUAUAAAUUUAGUCAUCGACCAGAUCUAGCCUGGGCUGGUCGUGUGCCAAAGUUGACUCCUGUUCGGACAAAAAGUCAGCCACUGAGCUAACCCCGGAAAUGGUGCGAACCCCAAAGAAUAAGUGUGUGCAUUAUUGAGUGUAGUUGGUGACAAGAAGUUCGACCCCGGAAGGGCCAUCGACAAGUUGUAGGACGACAAGUAGGGAAUCAUUUGGGCCAGAAAAGUGCCUUCCUCGGGCCAUUUAGACCCCCAUUUAGUGGUGCGAUGCGGUGCAGAAUUUUUCAAGUGUUAAAGAGCAAAUGUCGAAUGUCGUCGUCUUCGUGUAAGCUUCUCUGGAGUUCGGUCCAUCGACAGCAUCAGCUUCCAGAAGCAGAAGUGAUGACACGAUGUUGGCCGGAAGAACUGCAACCAGCAAUGGGCAGCAGAGGCGGCAAAAUUUAUGGACCACGGCCGAUCCGCCCAGAGAAGAUUGCUCUUUCGGACAAAGUGAUAGCAACGUGUGUGGUGAGAGAUAACAGAAUUCCUACAGGAGAUCCCGGAAGGGUGCGCUUCCGGCUGCCGAAUGGUUGAGCGAAGGACUGAAAACGAUUGUAGAAGCUACAACAACAAAAAAAUCAUCGCCAUUUAAUGGAGAGUUGAAACUCCUGGAGGGACGAACAGCCGGACGGACAAAUGAUGGCCAAGUAAGAAAAUCCCGUCCCUCAAAGGAAGGAAGCCAGGUCCAGGUCCAAGAGAAAUGGCCCCUCGAAGUUUGAUCACCGAAUUCCUGACCAAAGCUUAGUCGGAAGGCGUGAGGAAAAUUUGUACGCAGCUCAACCCGGUCACGUUUUACGAUGUCAAAUCCGCGGUUUCUGUUCUUUUUCCCGGGAAAGUGUCUUUCUUUUUUUGUCUUUAAUCGAUCUAAAAAUGAAACCAGGGACAAAGUGACAAGAAGGCUGAAACACCCUCUUCAAGAUUACUUCAAGGCAUUUGAGGUUUUCGAAUUCAAAUAAGUUUGGUGAAUCAAUCCAUGAUAAACCUGGACGCCGGCCAGGUUCGACGGGUGCUGCACGAAGCGCUAGAUCUGUGGUCUCAGAAUGCGAAUCUCACCUUCCGGGAGGUUUACAGCAGUGAAGCCGACAUUCAGGUCCUGUUUGCACGGCAGUUUCACGGCGACGGCUACAAAUUCGAUGGGCCUGGGAAAAUUUUGGCCCACGCUUUCUACCCGGGAACGGGAAUCGGUGGAGAUGCCCACUUCGACGAGGAGGAAACGUGGCUUCUGAACGAACCGAUUGGAGUUGACGGAACUCGCUUAUUCGAUGUUGCAGUUCAUGAGUUCGGGCAUUCUCUAGGGUUGGGCCACUCAUCCGUCAAGGAAGCGAUCAUGUUUCCGUGGCAUCACAUUUCCUAUCGCGGAAAGGAUCACAUUCCCGAAGAUGAUCGCCUUGGUAUUCAAGGAAUCUACGGACCAAAGAAGAAAACCUAUGGACGUAAUCCGGAGCGACAUACUCCCACGACAACUACCACGACCACUACAACGACCCCAACACCACCUAGGCGUCCUACCACACCCCCUUAUUACCCCCGCAAGGAUCAAAAUGGACACCCAUGGGAGGGACUCGAUCCCCACAAGCCUCAAUAUCCACGUAAGAUUACCCCCACUUCAACAACUACGGAAAUCCCCCGACGACGGGUAUACUACGCGGAUAAGCCACGGGGUGUCGGAACGACCUAUCCGACUCGACGUGUGUAUCCGGACUCUCCGUCCUAUCCACGGGAACCGGAAACCGAGGAUCACUACCCACAUCACAUUCCAACACCGACGAAGGUGCAUCAUCAUCAUCACCAUCACCCACAUCGGCCGACCCAUGGCACUCGACCUCCACUACCGCAUCUGCCCAACCCUUGCAACAGCAACUACGACGCGGUGACGCUCAUCCGCAACGAACUGUUCAUCUUCAAAGAUCGCUACCUAUGGCGGAUCUUUGAGAACGAUGUCCAACUGCGACCGCCGACUGAAAUCGAUCGAAUGUUCUUCGGACUGCCGAAGAAUUUCGAGCGUAUCGACACCGUGUACGAGAAUCGGCACCAGAAAAUUGUGUUCUUCAUAGGCAAGUACUACUAUGUGUUCAACUCUCAACAUUUAGAACCGGGAUACCCGAGGCCGUUGACCGAUCUCGGUUUGCCGGAUAGUAUAGAGCGAAUCGAUGCCGCGCUCGUUUGGAGUUACAACAAUCGAACUUAUCUGUACAGUGGAAGGCUGUAUUGGAGAUUCGAUGAAGACGCCAACCUCGUGGAGCUGGACUAUCCCCGGGACAUGUCCAUGUGGAAGGGCAUCGGCUAUAACAUCGAUUCGGCCUUCCAGUAUCGCGAUGGCAAGACGUACUUCUUCAAGGGCAAAGGAUACUGGCGAUUCAACGAUCUACGCAUGCAGGUGGACCACAUCGAUCCACUGCCGUCGGGCCACGAAUGGAUGAAAUGUCAGCGGCUACCCAUGGUAGAUAAUCCGGUAGACGAGGACGAUAGAACGGUCAUCAGCGGGACGGGUCAUCUGUCAGGAGCAAGCCAGCUUGCCCUAGCAGCGAUCGCUGUCUUAGUCUUAGCUAGCAAAAACCUACCACUUUAGAUAAGAUACUUUUAGGCAUUUUUAUUCGCUGAAAACAGGGAUGUUGAGAUUUUCCCAAAGAUUUGCUCAAGAGAAUCCCUCUAUUAGGGAACUGUACCAGGUCACUGCCGCAUUGUUAGUAUUUGUGCAAUAAUAAAUUUAAACUUCUAUUUUUUGAAUGUUUCUCAUCUCCUCUGUACUUUAUAAGUUUUUUUUUCUAUUCUACAGUCCAACCUAUGAAACUAAUUAUACAUGCUCGAAACACCCUUAUGAAUGUUCUUAUCGAAAAAAAUUAAAUGAUCUCAACUAAUUUAGAUUUAAAAAAAACAAAAAUUCGUGUAACAAUAGGAACAGUAUUUCCAGCCAAGCACAAAUCUGCGGGAAAAUCUUGACCUUAUUCAUUCUUUAUUGAAUUUAAGUAAUCAAAUCAAAACAGUUUAUACAAUCGAUAGACUUAUGUGAAACAAUUGUGGUAAGCAAAUAAUGAUUGGAAGCGAAACAAGUAUGACAACGUGAAUCACAUGAAACUAGGCUACGUUCCGAAUCUUUAGACUUAAAUACAGCAAGAAUUUACUCGAUUAAGUUCCAUUAUAAUGUAGUAGGACAAAACAAACUGUAAUCGGUGACUAAAACGAUGGUUAUAGAUUUUUUUCUGUGAUAUAAAAACGGAUGAAAUAAGAAAUUAGGUGCAUUUUUUUUGUAAAACAUCACCGAAGUGGAUUUGAUUUUAUAUCUUCAGUUCAGAAUUUUCUUUUCUGUGUUAGAGUACUAGGUAAUAUUAAAAUUAAUUCUUACACUAGAAUAUUUUCUUAGAAAGAAUAUAGUACUGAGCCGUUCGUAGCCAAAGGGAUAUAAGUGGCAAUUAUGAUAAAUUUUGAGCUGAUCAUGCCCAUGUUUAAAUAUUAUUUAGUGCAAUUUUCAGAUGCUUAGAUUUUACUUUCAUCUCUCUAAACUAGCUCUUAUGCAAAUACAUAUAUCCCAUUGGUUCUGAGGGGCUCAACUGUAAAUGAA